GUGCUCUCUUCACCACACUUAUUUUGAGACCCCCCAAGAUGAAGGUGUUUUUUGUUCUAGCCGCUUUACUGGCAACAGUAAGCGCCCUGCCCAUUGAGGAGCGCGUCAAUGGCGAGAAUGGCUGGUUCAUUCCCAAGAUCGAUGGCAGCUUCGAGUGGAUGGAGAUGCAGGAUGCCGAGGACCUGAUGGGCAACGGAGCCCAGAUGGAGGGACGCAUCAGCACCAAUGCCGUCAACUUCUACCUGUACACCAAGUCGAACCCCACCUCGGGCAAGGAGAUCAAGGCCAAGGCUGGCUCCGUCGACGAUUCGCACUUCAACCGGGAUCAUGGCACCCGUUUCGUGAUCCACGGCUGGACCCAGAAGUACACCGACGACAUGAACACCCGCAUCACCAAGGCCUGGCUGUCCAAGGGCGACUACAACGUGAUUGUCGUGGACUGGGCUCGUGCCCGUUCCGUGGACUACGCCUCCUCCGUCCUGGCUGUUCCCGGCGCCGGUGGCAAGGUUGGUGAGAUGAUCAAGUACCUGCACGAACACCAUGGUCUGGACUACGAUAGCCUGGAGGUGAUUGGCCACAGCCUGGGAGCCCAUGUUGCUGGUUAUGCUGGCAAGACCGUCGGAGAUCAGCGCGUCCACACCAUUGUGGGUCUGGAUCCUGCCCUGCCCCUCUUCAGCUACGACAAGCCCAGCAAGCGUCUGUCCACCGACGAUGCCCACUACGUGGAGUCCAUCCAGACCAACGGCGGCAAGCUGGGAUUCCUGAAGCCCAUCGGCAAGGGAGCCUUCUACCCGAACGGAGGCAAGAGCCAGCCCGGCUGCGGACUGGAUGCCACCGGAUCCUGCUCCCACGGACGCUCCGUGCUCUACUACGCCGAGGCCGUCACCGAGGACAACUUCGGCUCCAUCAAGUGCAGUGACUACGAGCGGGCCGUGGCCAAGGAGUGCGGCAGCACCUACAGCAGCGUUCGCAUGGGAGCCAUCACCAAUGCCUACAUGGUCGAUGGUGACUACUACGUCCCCGUGAACAGCAAGGCUCCCUUCGGCAAGAUCGAAUAGAGUCCUGUCUUCAUAUUCGUUGCUGAAUAAAAUACCCAAUUGAAUACUCC